AUGGCACCUGCAAGCCACAUGAACUAUCAGAAGGACGAGAGAGUCCUUUGUUUCCACCAUGAGAUUCUCUAUGAAGCAAAAAUUCUUGACCUGAGGCACAUUGAUCCGGAUGACCGCAAGAGUCCGUACGAGUACCUUGUCCACUACAAGGGGUGGAAGAACACAUGGGACGAUUGGGUCCCGCAAGAUCGACUUCGUAAAUUUACAGAUGAGAAUCGAGAGUUGGCCACAACUCUUCGUCGUGAGGCCGAGGCUGCGUUCCGCCAAAAGAACGUGAAACCCACUGUGAAGAAACGGGGAGGCUCCGAUCGCAGUUCCGCCCGGGACAGUGAGGAGAGGCAAACUUCAGUUCCGGGCCGCGGGACGAAGAGAGCACGAGAAAAUGAUAUUGAAAAGGAGGAGAGCUUCUAUGUCCGGCCAUCAGUGCGGAUUGCCAUGCCCGAUAAUUUGAAAUCUCUUCUGGUCGAUGAUUGGGAGAAUAUCACUAAGAACCAGCAAGUGGUGGCACUGCCAGCCAAAUGUUCAGUUAGCCAGAUUUUGGACGAUUAUGUCGAGGAGGAGAAGCCCAAGAGGACAAGCACGGCUGACCUAGAUGUUCUUGAUGAGAUCGUCAUGGGUAUUCGCGAAUACUUCUACAAGGCACUAGACAAGAUCCUCCUCUAUCGCUUUGAAAGGGAACAGUAUCGUGUGAUCCGCAAGAGGUGGGAAGAUGGCAAUGGGGAUUGGGCCGAUAAAGGUCCCCUUGAGACCUAUGGCGCCGAGCAUCUGACACGGCUUUUUGCGACUAUGCCUGAGCUCAUCGCCCAGACAAACAUGGACGCUCAAUCCACAACCAGGCUUCGGGAAGAGCUCUCUAAGUUCACACUCUGGUUGAGCCGCAAUUCGGCCAAGUACUUUGCAACUAGGUACACGAAUGCCAGCAACGAGUAUAUCGAAAAGUCGCGCGGGGCUCCAAAUCCAGCUCCGGCCACCGCUACCUCGCGUCUUGUCUGA